AUAAUAAAAACUUGUAUGGGGGCCGUCUCCUUCGGCUGCGGUCGCGAGGCGGGAAGAUGUCCUUUCUCUUCAGACAGCAGCAAGUUUCGGACGACAUGGCGUCGUCCCCAGCAUCCAUUCGCUCGCCCGAGGAGGCCGUUGCGAGGAUCGCAUACCUCUCCAGCGAUGUUGUCGUCUCGGUCCAGCCCUCGCUGGCCGCCGACACGGAAUUCUCGAGGCACCUGAAGGCUUCUGCCGCCCACAAGGAGCCGAGCGUGGUCGCCAAGACCCCUGACAACAUCCCUCAGAUAUUGAGCGUCAGGCACAAUGCCGACCCUCUCCUCUCCGUCUUCACCCCGAUCCGUGAUGGCCGCCUCGUCUCGGUCACCACCAGCUCCGUCAUCCUCGUCCCGUCCAUCGCCCAUCUUUACAAGCUGGCCAACUACCCCGUGGUUAUCCACGUCGCACUUCAACCCGAGCGCUUCCCCGAUUUCUCUGCCAUCACCGCCAUAAGGAAUUCAGGAUGGACCUUCCUGCAGUCCGAGUCCAUCCAGGAGGCCCAGGACAUGGCCCUGACCGCCCACGCCCUGGCCAUCCGCUCCGGCAGGGGUGUCAUCCACUUCUUCAGCCCCUGGAUCCUCGCCAACGACGAGGCGGUUGAGCGCGAGGGCGCCGCCGUUAUCCGUGAUAUUCUAGACAUCGAGAGCGUGCGCCGCUUCCAGGCUGCCCCGCUUUCAGGGGCUGGCAUCUACGCCGACCACGGCCGCCAGAACCUGGCUACUGACCAGCCGGAACCGGUCCCACAGGCCGGGGCUCCCAUUCAGAUCAAUGGACUGGCGCCCCCGGGCUCGGAGGCUGCGUCCAAGGUCAACUCCUCGCAGACAUCUGUAAAGUCGAGCGAGACGAGCGUCGCAACGACUCCCCACAGCGCCGCCACAACGAUAGAGGCCGCGCCCGCCCACGUCACCUCGGAGGAUAUUUACAACUAUGCCACCAGCAUCUGGGCGCAAAUCGAGAGCUCGUCUGGGCGGCGGUAUACUCCCUUCGAGUGGUCUGGCCCGCCAAAUGCGGAGACGGCACUCUUCAUCUUUGGCGCCGACACGGGUCUCUUUGGCAGCACAAUCGAUAGGGCCAAGUCUACCGAUAUCUACGCCAAGGUCGGCAUUCUCACCCCCAGGCUCUACCGCCCAUGGCUUGGCGCGAAGAUGCUGGAUUCCAUUCCCAAGACCCUCAAGAGGAUCGCGGUUCUGGAGCAGAUUAGCCGCAAGACGACCAAGUGGGGCCCAAUCCUGCUCGACGUCCUGACCACUGUCAAGAGCGGCCCUGGGGGCGUCCAACACAUCGUCGGCUACCAGGUUGGCUAUAUCACCCAAGAUACUGCGAGCCAGGCGCUGCGUGGUAUCUGCCAGAACCUGGCCCUUGACAAGCCCGUCCAGAACCUCGAGGUCGGAUCCCAGGAGGGCCCAAAGGAGGUGUCCAAGUACGGCCUGGAGAAGCCCAAGCUGGAGACUGCCUACACUAAGAUCUUGGACCAACUCUUCGGCACCAGGCUAUACCAGGCCAACGCACUAGGGUCAGAAAACGCCGGUAUAUCCGAGACCAUUGCGGCCAGCCCCGAGUUCGGGUUUGGCUCCCUGCUAGCGCGCAAGGAGAAGCGACUCCGCUUCAAAUCGCAAGUCAGGGAGGCGGCUAAACUGGGAACAUUUCUGACCGAGACGCCGAAGCGGCUGCUUACGGACUGGGCUAUUCACUCGGAUGAUCCAUCAAAGGUCGACGCAGUGGCGGAGGAUGUUAUAUCCCAGCUGACGCUGGAGAACUCUAGCACUUCACGCAAACUGCUCCAGGACAAGGACUUCUUCAGGAGGCAAUCCUUGUGGCUUGUCGGCUCGGACGCAUGGGCUUACGACCUCGGCAACUCUGGUGUUCACCACGUGCUUGCCUCGGGCGAGAAUGUCAACAUGCUCAUCAUCGACUCUCAGCCCUACUCGGAGCACGCUGCUGCCGAUGCAAACAGGAGGAAGAAGGAUAUCGGCCUCUACGCAAUGAACUUUGGGAACGCCUACGUAGCCUCGGUUGCCGUCUACAGUUCCUACACGCAGGUCUUGCAGGCUAUGGAUGAGGCUGACAAGUUUGACGGCCCAUCCGUCGUGCUGGCUUACCUCCCUUAUAACGGAGAGCACGAGUCGCCACUUACGGUGCUUCAGGAGACUAAAAAGGCUGUCGACGUUGGUUACUGGCCGCUCUACAGGUGGAACCCAAGCAAUGAGAAGAAUGGAGAGCCCACAUUCUCCCUGGACUCUGAGCGGAUAAAGAAGGAGCUCAAGGCCUUCCUCGACAGGGACAACCAGCUCACCCAGCUCGUAAAGAAGGAGCCAAGCUUCGGGGCAAACAUCGCCCAGGACUUCGGCUCCGAGGUUCGCGCACAGCAGAAGAGGAAGGCUAGGGACGCGUACAACCAGCUUCUGGAGGGGCUUCUUGGCGCGCCCCUAACGAUUCUCUUUGCCUCGGACAACGGAAACGCGCAGUCCCUGGCGAAGCGUCUCGGGAACAGGGGCCGUGCACGAGGCCUGAAGACCACAGUCAUGGCCAUGGAGGACUACCCUGUGGAGGACCUUCCGGCGGAGGAGAACAUUGUGUUUUUGACCUCAACCGCAGGUCAGGGAGAAUUUCCUCAAAAUGGCCUGCCGUUCUGGGACGCCAUCAAGAACAGCACCGAGCUCGACCUCGCAGCUGUCAACUUCUCCGUCUUCGGGCUGGGAGAUAGCCACUACUGGCCCAGGAAAGAGGACAAGAUCUACUACAACAAGCCUGGCAAGGACCUCGACAGAGUUCUGACCAACUUCGGUGCCAAGAGGCUGGCUGAUAUAGGCCUGGGAGACGACCAGGACCCGGACGGAUACCAGACCGGCUACUCGGAAUGGGAGCCAAAGAUCUGGGAAGCCCUGGGUGUGGCAAAUAUUGAGGGCCUGCCGGAGGAGCCGCCGCCGAUCACGAAUGAGGACAUCAAGUUGGCCUCCAACUACCUCCGCGGCACCAUCGUUGAGGGGCUCAACGACACUACCACCGGUGCCAUCUCUGCGGCGGACUCGCAGUUGACCAAGUUCCACGGCACAUACAUGCAGGACGAUCGCGACGUCAGGGAUGAGCGCAAGGCCCAGGGCCUGGAGCCGGCGUACUCGUUCAUGAUCCGCUGUCGACUGCCAGGGGGUGUGGCGACGCCGAAGCAAUGGGUCCAGAUGGACGAGAUUGCCACCCAGCUAGGCAAUGAGACCAUGAAGCUCACGACCCGGCAAACGUUCCAGUUCCACGGCGUUGUCAAGGGCAAGCUCAAGCCGGCCAUGCAGGCCAUCAACCGGGCGCUCAUGACGACUAUCGCGGCAUGCGGCGAUGUCAACAGGAACGUCAUGUGCAGCUCGCUCCCCACGCAGUCAGCCUACCACAAGGAUGUUCUUGAAUCUUCCAAGAAGAUCAGCGACCAUCUACUGCCUUCGACCACGGCGUAUCACGAGAUCUGGCUCACCGACGAUAACGACAAGAAGACGAUGGUGGCUGGCGACGCUAUCCAGGACUUUGAGCCCCUCUACGGGCCGACCUACCUGCCCAGGAAGUUCAAGAUCACGAUUGCCGUCCCACCACACAACGACACAGAUGUGUACGCCCAUGAUAUUGGUCUCAUUGCCAUCAAGGGAAAGGACGGUAGCCUCGAGGGCUUCAACCUUCUCGCUGGAGGCGGCAUGGGCGCCACGCACAACAACAAGAAGACUUACCCCCAGACGGGUCGCUCGUUUGGCUUCGUCUCCAAGGACCAGGUGCACACUGCGUGCGAGAAGGUCAUGCUGGUGCAGCGCGAUCACGGCGACCGCAAGAACCGCAAGCACGCGCGUCUCAAGUACACAAUUGACGACAUGGGUGUCGAGGUGUUCAAAGGCAAGGUCGAGGAGCUCUGGGGCCGCAAGUUCGAGGAGGCGAGGCCAUUCCAGUUCGAGUCCAACAUUGACACAUUCGGCUGGCUCAAGGACGAGAUGGGCAUGAACCACUUCACGCUCUUCAUCGAGAACGGGCGUAUCGAGGACACGGCCGAGUUCCAGAUGAAGACUGGCAUGAGUGAGAUUGCCAAGGUGCACAAGGGCGAGUUUAGGCUGACGGGCAACCAGCACGUCAUCCUAAGCAACGUCGCGGACGCGGACCUGGACGAGAUGAAGGCGCUGCUCAAGAAGUACAAGCUCGACAAUGUCAACUUCUCGGGGCUGCGGCUGAGCUCGUCGGCCUGCGUGGCGUUCCCGACGUGCGGGCUGGCCAUGGCCGAGUCGGAGCGGUACCUCCCUGAGCUGAUUAGCAAGCUCGAGGGGUGCAUCGAGGAGGCAGGGCUGCGGCAGGACUCGAUCGUGAUGCGCAUGACGGGCUGCCCCAACGGCUGCGCGCGGCCGUGGCUGGCCGAGGUGGCGUUUGUGGGCAAGGCCUACGGCGCCUACAACAUGUACCUGGGCGGCGGCUACCACGGCCAGCGGCUCAACAAGCUGUACCGGGCCUCGAUAAAGGAGGACGAGAUCCUAGCCAUCAUGAAGGCGCUGAUCAAGCGGUACGCCGCCGAACGCGACGAGGGCGAGCGGUUCGGCGACUUUUGCAUCCGGGCCGGCGUCAUCAAGGCCACAACGGACGGGACGAACUUCCAUGAUGACGUCGCGGAGGAAGAGUCUGACGAGGAAUAGACAAAUGACGAGACAGCUGCUUGGGUCUGUUGACGUUUCUUCUGGAAAUGUAGGAAUUUGCAUAGUCUUGGAUAUAGGCAGUUUUGGGCGCUAUUCUUUAUUUGGGUACAAAAGCUACUCGGAUAAACCAUGUUCUCCAAAGUAGAAGCGAGACUGUGUUUGCUCUGGUGCCCGGUUGUGUAGCUUUGACUGGAGGUAAAAUGUUGAAUUCAAGGAACCUGGCACGGGGACAAGGUCAAUACAACAUGACGAAGAAUAAAUCGAUCGUUGCCUAGGGAAGGCCUCUUUUGUUUCCCUUGUUCUAUCUGUCUAACAAGUUUGAGUUGCCCACUUGGUGGGUUCGCCUCGGUUGUCUGCCAACCCAACACGACGCUUCUCUCGCACGCACUCGCGAGUCCCGGUGCAUAACAAUGAAAACAAUAAACCAGAUUAAUCC